AUGAACAAAGAGAAAUUUCGAAUGUACAAUCCGAAUCAAAAUGAGGAGAUACGAAAGCGAGAUAUGUUUGGGAAGGAGGAUAGAAAGGAGUGGGACGAGCAACAAAUAAAAGACAUGUAUGGACCCAAAAUCACUGACAAGGACGGUAAACUACUAGACGAUCAUGACAGUUUUUACAAGACUACGAAAAGCUUGCUGGUGCUGUUUCAAAUAAUGGGAGUUAUGCCCAUCAUGAGAGUGCCCAGAAAUGCUCGAACUACUAAGCGAACAACUUUCAACUGGAUAUCAAAAGCCACAUGCUGGGCGUAUAUUAUUUGGGGACUGGAAAGUAUCAUUGUUGUCAGAGUGGGAAGGGAGCGGUUGGAAAACUUUCAAAAAAGCUCAAAUAAACGGUUCGAUGAAGUCAUUUACAAUAUUAUCUUCUUGAGCAUUUUGAUCCCGCAUUUCUUGCUACCCGUGGCUUCAUGGAGACAUGGGCCUCAAGUUGCCAUUUUUAAAAAUAUGUGGACUCAUUAUCAGUUGAAAUACUUAAAGAUCACGGGAACACACAUUGUCUUUCCUAAUCUAUACCCUUUGACGUGGGGUCUCUGCUUUUUCUCUUGGGGCCUCAGUUUCGCCGUUAUUCUUUCGCAGCACUAUUUGCAAGACGACUUUGAAUUGUGGCAUUCCAUUGCUUACUACCAUAUUAUUGCUAUGUUGGACGGAUUUUGUUCUUUGUGGUACAUAAACUGCAACGCCUUUGGGACAGCUUCUAAAGGAUUAGCUCAGAAUCUUCACAAAGCACUAGAAGCUGACCACCCAGCGCUUAAAUUGGCGCAGUACCGUCAUCUAUGGGUAGAUUUAUCGCAUAUGAUGCAGCAAUUGGGUCGUGCCUACUCCAACAUGUAUGGUAUAUAUUGUAUGGUGAUAUUCUUUACAACCGUUAUCUCUUUGUACGGUGCUUUAUCAGAGAUUCUGGAGAGAGGUCUAAGCUACAAGGAGAUGGGAUUAUUUGUUAUCGUUACUUAUUGCAUGACUUUGUUGUUCAUUAUCUGUAACGAAGCUUACCACGCAUCGAGGAAAGUUGGCCAUGAAUUCCAAAUACGUCUCUUGAAUGUGAACCUUGGAGCAGUUGAUCGAAGUACCCAGCGUGAAGUGGAAAUGUUUCUUGUUGCCAUCGCUAAGAACCCACCUAUUAUGAACCUAGACGGAUUUACCAAUAUCAAUAGGGAGUUAUUUACUGCUAACAUUUCGUACAUGUCCACGUACUUGAUAGUGUUAAUGCAAUUCAAAUUAACAUUACUACGGCAAGGCGCAAGAAAAACAAUCAAAGCUGUAGUGAAAGCCAUAUUUAACACUACUACCACCUUGGGUUACGACAACGACGACGAUGAAGAUGAAGAAUGA